GUCGACUCCUAGUGGUCAAAGGGCCAGGUUCGCCUUUUUCUCUACGCUCCUCAUCUUCUUUCAACUUUUGUCGAGAGAGAUUUCCGGUCUUAAAAAAACCAGCACAUACCUGUGGGGCGUGUGUAUGUGUGUGGCAGCUAUUAAAACUAAAUGUGAACUGUUUUUUUUUCUUUUUCCUCCCGUCCACCAACCACUUGCGUCACAUUUAUUCGGGUCGUCGUGACAGUCGUUGAUUAAGUGCUCAGAGUGCGCCUUGCGUCAACAGUGUGAGAGUUCAUUAAUGCCGGCUGACUUGACUAGAACUAAUCUAACGUCCGCUAUUUGUGGCUGAGCUUCCGCAAAGUUCCGUCCGUGUCGUGAAAACACAAUCAGAGAGAACCGACGAUUUAUUAAGACGUCAACACCUUGGAAAAACUUCAAAGAAUGAACGGUCGAUCCUUGCGAUUGGUCGCGCUGAUGGUGACGGUCGCCAUGGCGACAACGUCGGCCGACAGCAACCGUCAAACCCACCGCGCUAAUCGGUUGGGCGACACUAACGAUCCAUCCAUCCUGAUGAACAACCUCCUCCUGGAAUUGGACGAAUCGCUACCCGAAUGCUCAUCGGCUUUCAGGCGGGUCCAGCACGGCGAACGCUCCGCUCACGCUUCCUAUCCGCCAGACAUCAAAGGUCUAUGGGUCUCUCAAGAAUGCGAAACCAGACCCGGGCCGGAAUUCGUCCUGCGCCAGUACCAGUUUGAGCGUGACGGCAGUUUCAAAUUGCUCCAGCAUUUCUACGGCGACGAAUGGUGCACGACGCCAGUGUACACGCUGACGGCCAAAGGGCAGCUGCAGAUGCGGGAGCCGUCGUGGGUCGUUCCAGGCGCCGCCGAGUCCGAGUACACCUUACACCGCGUCCAUUUGGUUGCCUACAGCGAGGACGUCGUCGACGAAGUGAUGCAACGAGUCAAUCGGUCGUGUCCAGGGUACAUUAACCGUCCGUGGCGAGUGCGCAAGGAGUACCUGAUCUACAACUACGGGCCGGCUGCUGCUGGCGAUGGGAAAUCGGCCGAGCCAUUCAACAAACCGGCCAGUGUCAGGUCGAGCUCGUCCGAUCGCCACUGGAUGACGGCCAGCAAUGGCAAGCGCCACAACGGGAGCGGGCGCGGCAACAGCAACAACAAGAUGGGCGCCGAUCAGCGAUCGAAGCGCGUCUCCCACAACGGAUCGCAUCACUCGGCGUCGAUGGCGUCGACGGGCGGUGAUUUCGCCACCCCCAGCGACACGCCGGUUGCCCUGGACGAGAUUGAUUGCCUGGCCGCUUUCCACGCCGUCUACCACGAGCUCCAGCUGAUUAGGACUGUCCGCCGGCCCAGGGAUCUGCUGGCCGAAUUUCCUCAGCAGUCAAAAUCUUCAUCAUCCGGCAGCGGCAAUAAGAAAAAGAACUUUCAUCUUCAUCCGGCGGUGGAUGCCCAGCCAAUGCAGACGCUCCUCUUCCUGGGCAACAUCCAUUCGCAGUUGGAGCAACGGGCGUCUUACCGGCCUACAUCCUACCAACCGGCCCUCGUCCGUCACGAUCACCAAGAGUCGAGCGAUUGUCACGUGUGUCGGCUGGUGGCCAAAUCCACUGACAAGUCGCCGCCUCACCUUCACGCCCGCCCUCGUUUGCCCGUCUACCCGAUGGGCGACUGGAUUAGCUCGUCGUGCGAAACCAGGCCCAUCGGAACUUUCCUCAUGCGGCGCAUGAAAUUCACCGAUCAUCAAAACGGAUUGAGCGCUGGCAAGUAUUCGGCGUCGGGAGCGUCGUCGCCGACAUUCCAGGCCCUUUUCCACUAUUUCGCCGAUCCGGUGUGCUCCAACGCGACCCUGACCGUCUUGGCUACUGGUCACUACUCGCCAGGCUCGGAUUCCGAUCGUGUCCAGGGCGCCACCGAAUUUGAUUUUUUCGUUCAAUCCGUCAUCAUCACCGUUCACGACGAAUCCACCGCCCGCAACCUCAACGGACUCAAAGGCAAUCAAUGCGCCAUGGAUGGCAGUUGGAGAGUGGACCGACCGCAAGACGUCACGCACACUGGCGGCUGCAUUGGGCUGGGCAUCCGAGUCCCGACGGUAGCCAAUGACUUGUUGAAAAUGGACGUUAACGGCAUUGGACAUCCGCUCUUGUAUUUCGGAAUAGCCGACAAUCCUAGCGAGCCACGGACGUCGAAAUCGUCGUCGUCGGAGUUGGACCUGAUCCGGCCGACGUCUUAUCUGCCGCCUCUGCAGCAGUGCCAAAGCAUCUGGGAGGAUUUGAGCAGCGUCAACGAGGCUUCCAACGAAUUGGGACCCAUCAUCCCGCACGCCAGAGUGUCGGGAGAGUCGAGCAGAUCCUCGUCCCUGGCGUCGUUCACCUUCUCUUCUUCUUUUUGGGCGUUAAUACUCGCCAACGCCAUCUAUCGUCUUUUUUAAGAAAUCUUUUUUCGACAAAUUUAAAUUUAAAUUAAACAAAAACAAAACAAAAAAAAAAUCACUUUAUUCAAAAAAACAAACAAACAAAAUCAAAUAAAAACUAACGCAUUUCAAUUUCUUUUAAUAUUAUAACUGGCGUAUUAUUGUCCGUGUCGCUGUCUUGUUUGUUUCUGUACCUACAAAAAAAACAUUGUCUUACGUCAUCUGAAAUGUGUGUGGACUAUUCGUCAACGUCAACCGUAUAUAAAUAAUCCACGCUCUCUGUACAUAUAAGCAGUUUAUUAAUGUGCGCAUUCAAAAUUUCAAUCAGCGAUCAAACUUACACACAAAACAUCUCCAGACUUUGACAGAAUCAAGAUUUUCCCGUAUUAUAUUCCGCGAUUUCUUACUAGCGUGUCUGUUUAUCUUUUGUUUAUUUUUAAUUGUUCACUAAUUUGUCUUGUGUGAAACGAUCCGCCGCUGCUAUUCGUCACUUGUGUCGUCGUAUGUAAUAAUAAUAAUUUCAAAUGCGA